AUGGAACCCUCAGCAAGCCAACCUGUCCGACCAGAACCUACACGAAAUAAUUCUGCAGGAAAGGCGCCACGUGUGGGAGACAAAGAGAAGACAGAGGAUAAGAACGGAGCUUCGAAGGCCUCUAUUGCGUCUGCGCAUCGCGGUGCGCGAUACAAAGAGAAGUUCCAAGCUCUGCGAGAGAAGUUUGACCAGGUUACCGCGACACAUGACCAAUAUCAGCGAGAGCUUGCCAUUGCUGAUGAGAAGGUGAAAAGAUUACAGGAAGAGUGCAACUUGCUGCUAGACGCUGUUGAUAUCGCAGUUCCGGCGCAACCGUCACUUCUUCACUAUCUAUCGCGGGAUCCAAUUCCACCGCAGUAUCAUUCGUACACUGCUGUCCCUACAUCGCGCGAUACGCAGACACAUUCCUCGCCUUCUUCCAUCGAGUCAAUACGCAAUCAAUUUCAUAGAGCUACUGAAGGUGGUGUCAUGCCACCCUCCCCCAUAAUGCCUGACAUUGGACCGCUCUGUGCAGAGAACGACAUUCCGGAAGACAUAAGGAGGAUGCACUACCAUUUUCAGCACCAUGCAGGGCGGCGAUGA